AUAGGCAAAAGUGUGCUUUCGUGGCUCAUGAUCACCAUGGAUACUCCCAUGAAAAAUAAUCUGUUACACAUUAUCUUUGGGAUGGCCACUUUUAUGAUUGUUAUUCAAAUUAGUUCAAGUUCCACCAUAUUUGGUGGCCCUGGAGAUUUAGAGGAGCAAUUAAUGGAUACGAUGGAGGAGGGAACUGAAAAUCAUUUAGCAUAUCAUAGCAGAAGUUAUGGGAUUAAUGAGCUGGGUAGCAUGGAAGAUAAUGCAUGGCAAAUGGUGGGAAAGAAAGGGAACCAAUUUGUGGUUAACGACCAACCUUUCUAUUUAAAUGGAUUCAACACGUAUUGGUUGAUGGUAUUUGCUGCGGAUCAGUCCACCAGAGGAAAGGUCACGGAUUUGUUUAAGCAAGCAUCUUCAGUGGGUCUAACAGUUUGCAGGACUUGGGCAUUUAAUGAUGGACAAUGGCGAGCUCUCCAGAAAUCUCCUGCAGUUUACGACGAGGAAGUUUUCAAGGGCUUGGAUUUUGUGGUGAGUGAAGCAAAGAAAUACAAGAUCCGGCUCAUACUAUCGUUUAUUAACAACUGGGAUGCGUAUGGAGGCAAAGCACAGUAUGUGAAAUGGGGACAAGCUGCUGGCCUCAAUGUAACAUCCGGAGAUGACUUUUUCUCUCAUCCAACUCUCAGGAGCUACUACAAGGCGCAUGUUAAGACGGUUCUUAAUAGAGUCAAUACACUCACAAACAUAACUUACAAGGACGACCCCACUAUCUUUGCAUGGGAGCUGAUGAACGAACCUCGAUGCACCUCUGAUCCCACUGGAAAUAAACUGCAGGAAUGGAUACAAGAAAUGACAGCCUACGUUAAGAGCAUGGAUCCAAAACACUUGUUGGAGAUUGGCUUGGAAGGAUUUUAUGGUCCCUCAACACCUGACAGGGUUCAGUUCAACCCAAAUACAUAUGCUCAACAAGUGGGAACUGAUUUCAUUAGGAACCAUCAGGCUCUUGGUGUUGAUUUCGCUUCAGUUCACAUUUAUGCAGACUCUUGGAUUUCACAAUCAAUUUCUGAUGCCCAUCUGCAAUUCACGAAGUCGUGGAUGGAAGCUCACAUAGAAGAUGCUGAGAAAAAUCUCGGGAUGCCUGUUGUGUUUGCUGAAUUUGGGGUAUCUUCAAAGGACCCUGGCUACAACUUGUCAUUCCGGAACACCCUUCUAAACACAGUUUACAAGACCCUGUUGGACUCUACAAAGAAGGGAGGAAGUGGUGCCGGGAGUCUUCUGUGGCAGCUUUUCCCUGAAGGGACGGAAAACAUGGAUGAUGGAUAUGCAAUUGUUUUGUCAAAAUAUCCGUCAACAUCAAACAUCAUAUCCCUUCAUUCCUCAAGACUCGGGAUCUUCAACUCCCGUUGCUCCUGGAAAUGCCAUUGGGGUUGCAAGAAGAAGCCCACUUUGGAGACAUUCCUCUACCAUGACGAACUGUAAAACUUAUAAACAUGAACAGAUAUGGAAUGGCCGGGUCCGAAUGUGGUGGGAAAAAAUAAGAGAUUUAUUAUGUUGA